AGAAAUUUACAGAUUUGAGUGGCGACACGAACCCAAUUCACUCCACAAAUGGGCCACAGAGGGCGAUAGUACACGGCGCGUUACUCAAUUGUUACGUUUCUAAAGUCAUAGGGACGCAAUUACCUGGACCGGGCUCUGUCGUAAUAGCCCAAACUUUGAAUUUUCCGAACAAAUGUUACGAGGGAGACGAGGUAAAAAUCACCGUAGAAGUGGCGGAAAAUCGGAAAAUUACCACAGUUAAAUUCACCUGUGAAGUACCCGAAAGGGGAGUGGUACUUUAUGGAGACGCCAAACUAAUUCCCCCGAAAAAUAAAUAAUUUAGUUGAGAAUUUUUGUAUUUUUUGCCGCCCUUGAGUCGGAUUUAAACAAAAAUAUUUCAAACUGGGUCACAAUUCUUUCAAUGUUUAUUGUUUUGUUUUCCUCAAGAAUCCGCCAACUACGCAUUGAGGUGUUAUUUAAGCCCGGCCAACUCUGAUGCGGUCACUUUGUGUGCAGCACCCUGUAAUUAUGUUUUUCGGUUUAAUGGUGGUUCUCGCCCUCUGUGCCCUUGCUAGGGCAGGUGACCCCAACGGCAUAAAAACCACCGACAAACCAGUUCCGUGCACAUGUGGUGUGUUCUUGAGUGGACAGUUCAAGAAAGGGUCAAAGGAGCAGCCCAAAGGGGUGCCCGUCCUCACACAGGAAAUGGACACCCCCUUCAUGAACAACGCCAUGGGAAAUCGCCAGUGUACCAACAAGUGUUUGGAAAUGAUUAUCACGCAUUUGCCUAAAAGUGCAGACAUCAUUUGUGCCACCACAGACCGGGAUUUGGUGCACAAGGAGAGGGCCUUUCUAUUCAUCAAAAACUACAACGACAAGUGGCAGAGCACUAACUUAUCGGCAGGACGCGAGUUCUGCUGCAAGGACAACGUCCCUUACAAGUGUCCCAUGAGCUGAUAAAACACAUUUUUGUAUUUUUUUCCUAAAACCAAUAAAACUUCUUUUGCAA